AUGAUGAUGAUGAUGAUGAAGGCACAUCAAACGCAGAGGAUGAGAUUCAACUUUGGCAGGACUGUUAGCCGACUCGUAUUUUUGACCCUUUGGACUUUGUCACUGCUGGCUGGACUUGUCCAGUCUCACGUCUGCCCCAAGGGCUGCUCCUGCAGCAACCAGUUCAGCAAGGUGAUCUGUACACGUUACGAGCUGCGGGAGGUUCCCGACAGCAUCUCCACCAACACCCGCUACCUUAACCUGCAGGAGAACAUUAUCCAGGUCAUCAAGGCGGACACCUUCAAGCAACUGCGGCACCUGGAGAUCCUGCAGCUCAGCAAGAACCUGAUCCGGCAGGUCGAAGUCGGGGCCUUCAAUGGUCUCACCAACCUCAACACGCUGGAGCUCUUCGACAACCGGCUCACCACCGUGCCCAGCGGGGCUUUCGAGUACCUGUCAAAGCUCCGAGAGCUUUGGCUGAGGAACAAUCCCAUCGAGAGUAUCCCUUCCUACGCGUUCAAUCGCGUGCCCUCGCUGCGGCGCCUGGAUCUGGGCGAGCUGAAGAAGUUGGAGUACAUCUCCGACGCGGCCUUCGAGGGGCUGAUCAACCUGAGGUACCUCAACCUGGGGAUGUGUAACUUGGUGGAGAUCCCCAACCUCACGCCCCUCAUCAAGCUGGAGGAGCUGGAGCUGUCGGGCAAUCGGCUGGAGGUAAUUCAGCCCGGUUCCUUCCAAGGCCUCACCAACCUGCGCAAGUUGUGGCUGAUGCAUGCUCAGAUUCAACUGAUAGAGCGCAACGCCUUCGACGACCUCCAGUCACUGGAGGAGCUCAACCUGUCACACAACAACUUGACAUCACUGCCCCACGACCUCUUCACGCCCCUGCACCGGCUGGAGCGGGUCCACCUCAACCACAACCCUUGGCACUGCAACUGUGACGUCCUGUGGCUCAGCUGGUGGCUCAAGGAGACAGUGCCUAGCAACACCACCUGCUGCGCCCGCUGCCACUCGCCACCCAACCUGAAGGCCCGCUACAUCGGCGAGCUGGACCAGAGCCACUUUACGUGCUACGCGCCGGUCAUCGUCGAGCCUCCCACCGACCUCAACGUGACCGAGGGCAUGGCGGCCGAGCUCAAGUGCCGAGCGGCCACCUCCAUGACCUCGGUCAACUGGAUGACCCCCAACGGUACGCUGAUGACCCACGGCUCCUACCGGGUGCGCAUCUCGGUGCUGCACGACGGCACGCUCAACUUCACCAACGUGACGGUGCAGGACACGGGCCUGUACACCUGCCUGGUCAGCAACUCGGCCGGCAACGCCACAGCCUCAGCAACCCUCAACGUCUCGGCCGUAGACAGCAGCAACAGCUACAGCUACUUCACCACGGUGACGGUGGAGACGGUAGAGGUGGUGGAUGAGCCUAAGUCAACGGAGCGCGAGCCUGGGCCCACCCCUUCCGGCCACUGGGAGACGCCAUACUCCACCACCUCCCUCACCCCCCGCAGCACCAAGUCCACCGAGAAGGCCUUCACGGUCCCCAUCACCACGGAGGUGACUGACAACAUCAUGGCCGGCCUGGAUGAUGUCAUGAAGACGACCAAGAUCAUCAUCGGUUGCUUUGUUGCCAUCACCUUCAUGGCCGCUGUCAUGCUGAUCAUCUUCUACAAGCUGCGCAAACAGCACCAGCUCCACAAGCACCACGGCCAGACCCGCACCAUCGAGAUCAUCAACGUGGAGGAUGACAUGACAGAGGCCACGCCCGGCGACAGCUGCCUGACUCUCCCAGCCGUCGACCACGAGCACCUCAACCACUACACGGCCUACAAGGCUCACUACAACAACAACACCACCGCCGCUGGUGGCGGAGGAGGCGGCGCCCUGAACUGCACCAAAAACCCACUUCACAACUCUGUGCACGAACCACUACUCUUUAAAUCCAGCUCCAAAGAGAAUGUGCAAGAGACGCAGAUUUAA